AUGGUUCCGCCCAUUAGUGACAAUGACGAUGAAAUAUUUCAAGAUUCUCGUUCUAUUGAGCUAUCAAAUUCGUCACAAUACUCACGAACAGUUAGUUUUAAAAACACACGGCGAUCAUCAUCAGCGGGAAAGGCGGCUACUGCUCGCUUACGAAGACAACGUACAACCAGUCGUUCGAAAGAAGAUCGCGUUUUUUAUAAUAAUCGUAAUCCAAUUUAUACAGCAGGUAAGCAAUCUCGUAAACUCUACUCACGUUGUAUCAUAUAUACUUCUUUAAUUUAUCGAGGAAGACCACCGUGGUAUGAUGUCAGUGGAGAGACCAAAGAAGCAUUUGUUAUCGGUAUUUGUGGUGGUAGUGCAUCAGGCAAAACAACUGUGGCUAAACGUAUCGUUGAAAAAUUAAAUGUGCCAUGGGUGUCUCUACUAAGUAUGGAUUCAUUUUAUAAAGUUCUAUCAGAUGAACAGCAUCAACAAGCUAAUGAAAACAAUUAUAAUUUCGAUCAUCCAGAUGCAUUUGAUUUUAACCGUCUAUUAGAAACAUUAAAAAAUCUAAAAAAUGGAAAACAAGUUGAAAUACCAUUGUAUAAUUUCCAAACACAUUCAAGAGAAAAUUAUACGAAAACGCUAUACGGUGCUAACGUUGUUAUAUUUGAAGGCAUUAUGGCUUUUGCUAGCAAAGAAAUACGUGAACUUUUAGAUAUGAAAGUAUUUGUUGAUACGGAUGCUGAUAUUCGCCUUGCUCGACGUUUGGAGCGUGAUAUUACUGAACGUGGAAGAGAAAUUGAUGGCGUCAUUCAACAAUACACACGUUUUGUUAAACCAAGUUAUGACAAUUUUAUAGCACCAACGAUGAUCUAUGCAGAUUUGAUAGUUCCAAGAGGUGGCGAAAAUAAAAUUGCGAUCGAUUUGAUUGUGAAUCAUGUCAAUCGAGAACUUCAAAAACGUGGUCUUAAAGUUCGUUCAGAAAUAGCCCACAGAUUCGAAUUUCUUAAAGAACUUCCUAUGCCACAAUCAUUUUAUCUACUUGAACAGACACUGCAGACCAAAUAUUUACACACGAUUAUACGAAAUCAUAAAACGGGUCGAGACGAAUUUAUAUUUUAUUCAAAUCGUUUGAUGCGGCUAUGUACUGAAUACGCUUUAACCCUACUCCCAUUUGAAGAUGUAACAGUUGAGACACAGCAAGGUUUAUCUUACCAAGGCAAAAAACAUGUGAAUGCACGAGUCUGUGGUGUAUCGAUUGUACGCGCUGGCGAAUGUCUUGAGCCAGCAUUGAUCGAAGUUUAUAAAGAUGUUAAAAUAGGAAAAAUUCUAAUACAAACAAAUCAGUUGACUGGUGAACCAGAACUUCAUUAUCUUCGUCUGCCACGUGAUAUAAGUGAUUCGUAUGUGUUUAUAUUAGAUGCCACUGUGGCUACAGGUGCCGCAGCGAUGAUGGCUAUCCGUGUUCUAUUAGAUCAUAAUGUUGAUGAAGAAAAAAUUGCAUUAUUAUCUUUACUUGUAUCGAAACAAGGUGUACAAACUAUUGGCUAUGCAUUUAACAAAGUGAAGAUUAUUGCGACUGCAUGUGAUGAACACUUAGAUGCUCAGUAUUUCAUUUGUCCAGGGUUGGGAAACUUUGGUGACAGAUAUUUUGGAACAGAUAAUACUAAUAAUUCGAAGAAUGAGUCUAAUGAAAAUUCUCUGCGUAAAUUCUCAGAAUUUCAUCCAUCAGAUGACGUAUCGCCACCACCUACAGCACCGGUGCUGGAGUUUGAUCAAGAAGAUAGCCGUUUAUAA